AUGAAUGAAAAAGAAGAAUUGGUUAAAAAAUCAUUAUUUAAUUUCGUUAGGAAACAAGUACCUACUGCACAACUAAGCUUGAUAGAUGACAUUGUACUGAGCUAUGUGGUGAGCAUGGUGGAAGAAAGUGCUCUAGAAGAGGACCUAGAUGUGGAAGGAUUGUGCGAAAUGGUGUCAGCUUGCCUGCCCGAAUUUUCAACGAUUGAAAAGGAAGCUGUCACUAAAUGGCUACUGGACAUCGAAAGUAAACUUCGGGAAGAAAACAAAGAGGAAGAAGCUGAUAAUAUUCAGCCUCAUGAAUUAUUCAGCCAGCUAAGCCUCACUGCUUUAUUGCCACCAGAGUCCCAGAGUAUCAGAGUACAUCAUUUAUCAGAGACAAGCGACGCCGGAAGUGAUUCUAGUGGCGAAUAUUUUACUGAACAACAUGAAACUUCAUGGCACCAAGUAACACUGCUCCAAGAAAUGUUUCCAGCAGCAAGCCGUGCUGAAAUUCGACAUUGUCUUGCUAUCGCUGGUGGAGAUCCUGCUAAAGCUGCUCAAAUAGCUUUACAUAGACAAGAAGCUGGUCAAACACGUUACAGUUACGUUGAUCGUGACGAUGAUUCUCGUGAACACCGUCCCGUAACUCCAAAACGUGAGCCAAAAAAAUUGGUACGUUAUUUAGAUAAUAAGAUAGUGAGCGUUAAAGGGGAAAGAUAUACAGAGAUACGCCGGGGAGGCGAGGAUGACGACGGUAAUGAAGGUGCAAGAAAGCGAAGCCACUGCCGUCCG